AUGAAGGGGUUAGGUUAUGGUGUCUUGAACAUUCUUAUGAAGAUUGCCAUGCAGCAGGGUCUCAGCCACCAUGUCUUGGUAGCAUACCGCCAUCUCCUUGCCACGGUCAUCUCCGCUCCAGUUGCUUAUGUUCUUGAGAGAAAACAAAGGCCUCCACUUUCGCUGUUGAUUCUUGUAAAGAUAUUCUUGCUUGCGCUGGUUGGGAUUACAAUACAACAAAAUAUUUUCUUUGCUGGACUUGGAUACACUUCUCCAACGGUGGCUGGUGCCUUGAGCAGUGCGAUUCCAGCUUUCACAUUCAUCCUGGCUGUGCUAAUGAGGAAUGGACGGUUACUUUUAUGUUUUUUUCCUUGCAGAAUGGAGAAAGUGAGAAUUAGAACUGCGAAGGGGAGGACUAAAAUCUUGGGUACAUUAGUCUGUGUAAGUGGAGCUUUGGUAUUCACCUUUUGGAAAGGUCAUCUAUUAAAGGGAUUUGUUAAGAGGCCCUUGAUAGUAAUCCACGGAAGCCAUUUCCGCAAUGGUAAGGAGGCUGUUAAUGAGGAUUGGGUCAAAGGUUCACUCGUAAUCCUCACCGGCCAGAUUAUCUUUUGUACAUGGAUUGUUUUUCAGGUAAAAAAUCAAAUAAUUUGCUCACCUAACUAUUUUUGCAGCUUCAUGAGAUCUUAUGCUUCCUCUACUUUCGGGGUAGUUUUCGAGGCAUACCCGGCAAGAUUAUCACUGAAUGCUUUGAUGUGCUGCUUUGCAUUCUUGCAAUCUUUAGUGGAGGCUCUCAUAUUUGAAAGAAACAAAUCUUGUUGGCAAUUGGGUUGGAAUAUGCAACUCGCUGCUGUUAUCUACUCCGGGGUUGUGAUAUCAUUCCUAGCUUAUAAUCUACAAGUAUAUUGCACAAGUGAGAAGGGACCUUUCUUUACGGCCAUUUUCUAUCCUCUAAUGCUUGUCAUCGCGGGCAUCCUUUCCGCAAUACUUUAUGCUGAAAGACUACACUUGGGAAGUUUGAUUGGGGCGAUCAUCAUAAUCAUAGGCCUUUACUCUGUCCUAUGGGGAAAAACCGAAGAUGGCAUAGACGAAGGAAAGAAGAAAGAAAAGAACUAUGCAGAAAAGGGAAUACAAACAACUACUCAAAAUUUAACAUCACCAAAUCGUGCAAAUCAUGUAUAGUAGCUGGAUUAAAUAACUUAAAAAGAUGGAUUGUAUAAGAACCCUACUUUUCAUUAGGAAGAUUGUAGAAUAGAAACAUAUAAUGCAGUCCUUUAUGGCCCAUUCAUAUCACAGAGUUUGUCUUA